AUGGUGCCGGCCAACAGGGAGGCAGCAGCAGACACCGCCACCAACAAGGACGUCUGGACUCCCCCCACUGAGGUGCGGGGAGACAUAGCACGUGCGCUGCUCUACAUGGCUGUGAGAUAUGAUGGCUCUGUGCCAGGCGAGCUGGACCUCGAGCUCUCAGACAACCCCAAAAUCGCCGAGGGUCAGAUGGGGCUACUCUCACCUCUGCUCAAGUGGCAUGCCAUCGAUCCACCUUCAUCCCUUGAGACCACGCGCAAUGCCCGCGUGUGCUCCCUCUACCAGCACAAUCGCAACCCCUUCGUUGACCACCCCGAGUUCGUCUCCCUUAUCUGGACCGCCGGGCCAGCCUCGGCACCGGCUGUAGGCUCGGGGGCAGACCUGGGCGUAGGCUCGGGAAGCGGAUUCAGCUUGCCCGGAGCAGCACCGCCAGUGGGGGGAGGCUUGGGAGCAGCAGCAGGAGGGGCUAGCGGGGUGGCUGCUCCACGCGUGCCUGGUUUGCAGGCAAAGGCUUGGUUUAAUGAGAUUCACUACAGCAAUGAAGGGCCGGAUAAGAACGAGGUGGGUGGUGGAGUCAAGAUGGAGGAAUAUGGUUGGGAAUUGUGCGGGGGACAGAGGGAAAGCCCCCCUCUCUCCUCAUCACCCUGCUCUCUCCCUUCAACCCAACCUGCCUCUGACCCCACAUCCCCGCCUAAUCCGUUCAUUGAGGUGGUAGUAAGUCCAGGCGUGGACCCCUCCACCCUCACCAUCUACCUCUACAACGGAGCCAAUGGCAAAAGCUACGGGAAGCUUCCUCUCUCCAAGUUCAACCUUCCUCCCACCAACGUUAACGGCUUCGUGGUGUAUGGCAACACGUACGCUCAAGGGGGGCUGCAGAACGGCCCGUCAGAUGGCAUGGCACUUGUUUCCCAGCCGGCAAACGGCGAUGCCACAGUGAUUCAAUUCUUGUCGUAUGAUGGCGAGUUGGUUGCUGUGGAUGGGCCAGCCAAGGGGUUUAAGUCGACGGAUAUUGGAGUGAAGGAGACGGAUAACUCGCCGGCUGAGAGCGCUCUUGGGCUGAUUGGGGUGGGGAAGAAGUACGAGGACUUCAAGUGGUCCAAGUUCAACAAGAAUGCGUCACCUGGCCGUGUCAAUGUCAGCCAGACAUUGGCCAGCUACUGA